AUGAGGCUGGAGGAGGUGGGACGGAGUGCUCUCAAGACUGAAGAAGAAAGACAAAGCCGUGGACUAUGUGGUGACGAGUUCUUGGUGCAGGAGGGGGAGAGGGUGACGGGGAUGACCAGUGUUACUGCCCCGCGACAGCCCUCCAUGACUGCCAGGAACCACCACCGCACCUCCCUCCACUCCUCAUGCCAGGUGACAGAGAGACUGAGUCUGGUGGCUGGAGGGAGGGAGGACUCCAGCCAUGAGAUACUGGGGAUGAUCAUGCUGAGGAUCACAGCAGGAAUUCAGCAAAAUCAGAUAGUUCUGAUGGAUACCAAGGACCAGAGAGGGCUACAGUUUCAGGAUGACAAUCAGUUGCACGAGAUGAUAGUGUGA